CGUCGUCCGUCCGUCCGUCCGUCCGUCCGUGUUCUGAGUGCGUGCGACCGUCGUGUGACUUACGCGUGUGUCUGUUAUUCGGGAUUUAGGGAGCAGUGACACACACAACAGAGAGUGAUUACGUCAGAGGAGAAGCCACAACCGAAGCGGUUGAUAAGACAAGGAAUUAAUUAACGAGAAAGGCUUUCCCGUCAUGGCGAAGGCGUUACACAUCAUGCUCACCAUCGUCUCGAUGAUGAUGGUGGUGCUGGCGCGCCGCAUCCAGCUCGUCAACAUCAGCCCCGAGCAGGCCCAGCAGUACAUCACGCAGCAGAGCCUGGACCUGGCGUACGCACCGAAGCUCGGUGAGCAUCCGGUGGCCCGGACCCUGUACUACAAUGGGCGCCUCAUCGACAACCCAGACGAUUACGUUGAGGAGGAGUACAGUGCGAAGCAGUUCCAUGGACAGGAUGGUCUUGGAAGGGCGAUGUUUGGAUAUAGUGACCACAAUCAGGCCCGGCUAGAGGCACGCAAUGCCAACGGCGAAGUCCGCGGUUCCUACCAGUACGUCAAUCCGGACGGAGAGGAUUACAUCGUGCACUACUGGUCGGAUGGACUCGGGUUCCAUCAGGUGGACAACCGUCAGAUCGAGCUUCCCCAGCCAGUGCAGGAAACACCGGAGGUGCGUGAAGCACGCCUGGCGCAUCUGCGUGCCUGGGAGGAAGCGGCCAGUUUGGCACGAGCCAAUCCGGAUGUCUCGUCGGACGAUGGUUCGUACAAGGGCACAUUCCAGGGCAAUGGCGUCGAGGAGGAUGAUGACAGUGAACCGAUGACGGCGCUGUCCAACCAACACCAGAGUCUAAUCCGCUAUCCGAGCCUCCCGUACACGGAUCACAUUGCGCCCGAGUCAGUGGAACCGCUCAGCGAUGAAGGAGUUGUCGUGGAAGCGGUCCGUAGUCUCACCAAACGGCAGAGCGCCGAUAGCGAGGCUGUCCUAUCGGACGAUCAGGUCACGGAACCGUCGGGUGAACCGAAAGGUUUCUUCUACAGCUUUGACUAUCCGGUUCAGCUGAUAGCGGAAACGGCUGCCAAGCGAGCACGGGAUGCUGCUGCCGGUCGUGCUGGAUCACUCACUCCUGAGGCAUCGGUUGUUGUGGAGUCGAAGGAACCGGUACCGGCAGCGGCAGCGGCACAGGCACCGGUGGACGAUCGAGUUUCGCUGAAGGCAGUGCUCAGUGGUGAGCCGCUCGUCGAUGCCGUGCACGAUGCGCAGGUCUCACCGAAACAGAAGCUUCAGGCUUAAGUGCAAGAGUUCCAGGAGCCCCGCAGUCGACCCAGUCCGCUCACGAUGACUGGCCAAACGAUGGCGAGGAAUGGAAAACCGAACCGAUCAACCCCCGACAAGCCGAUUCUACUCAGUAGCAGCCAGCAAGCAUGUCCAUGUCUCAGUCUCUCCACCAAACUAAGAGAUCUCGCAACGUGUCGCCCAUUAUACCUUUUGCCAAUCCAGUUCCAGGUCGGUCACCGAGUCAGCCAGCUUCUAAAUCAAACGCGAACGCUCACAGU